AUGAAGACGAAGGGCUUUUCAAUGGACGAGACAUUCUCGAAAGACCACGCCAACGAGGAGCGAAUGGAUGUGGCUCCCCCGAAACUUGAAUCACUGUUGGCCGAGUUCGAUGAGUACUCCUUGAAACUUCCCGUGUACAAAUUCAGGGAACUCGGCCUCGAAAAGGGUCAAAUGGACGUCCAAACCUUCGUGACCUGGCUAGAUAUAAUCACUCGGACUGUCAAGAAAGUUCCCGCGUGGACAUACGAUCGGGCUGUCGAUAUACUGAUAGAAGCUGGACUCACAGUUGAGGCGGUAAAGGUGCUUCUAAAGCUGAAGGGCCACGAGAAAUUCAGCGGGCAGGCCAUCCUGAUGUACAGGUAUUUUGCCGAAAAUGUCCCAACAGACUCCGAUGCGAUGGUUCAGGUGUGGAGAGAAUUGAAAUUGAACCCUCACCAUGUUUUUGAGAGUCUCUUACUGAACGAUCCAGAGGCACUUAUUGCUUUCCCGGGAUCUUCGAUACAUUGGCUUAAGUACACUGAGCGGCUACGGAAAGACAACGCAGACAUCCAGAUGACCAUCAAAGAUACGGCGAUGGCUUUAUACAACAAAGAGUACGAUCGUACGAUCAUUGACGGCUUCAUCAAGGAGGUUGAGAAAGUGAACGAUCUUAAACUCCUUGCUCAGCGGCUGCGUCAAGAAUUUGAGUAUAUUAUAUCGGCCCGUUUUUUCAACAUCGAGUACUAG